AUGAGACCCUCGCCCCUCCCCUCUUCCUGGUCCUCUGUUGGACCCAACAGCACCUCUGUGACCCAACCUGAGAGCCUGCCUGGGUUCUACUGCCGACCGAGACCCGAGAAUCAGGAGAACCAGGCAAGGAGAGGACAGAGGCUCAACCCAUUCAGCUAUCCCUGCCUGGCAGGCCCUGAGAUGUAUACACAUACCAAGAGGAGUAGCCCCCUCCACCACAACAACCAAGAAGUGGCUGAGACUGGCUUCAUCAGUAGAACAGAGGAGGGAACGUCAGGGUACGAGAGCGAAGGCGGGCGAUCCCUCUCCCCCACCACCCCCCCGGACGGCACCUUCACCUCUCCCUCCUUGUCUCCCAUCUCUCUCUCUCUUCCUACAGGGAGGCGGCCACGUACAGCCUACAAAGCGGAGAAGAUCAACAGUCUGGAGACGGCCUUCAAGAGGAACGCCUACCUGGGCACUCAGGACAAGGCCGAGCUCUGCAAGAGACUCAACCUUACAGACAAACAGAUCCGUAACUGGUUCCAGAACAGGCGUAUGAGGAUGAAGAGGAUGGUCCAGGAUGCUCUGGCCCAAGCCUGCCAAACUAAAGUAACAUCUCACCUGCUGCACUACACCGAGCGACAGGCCUACCGCCCAGGCCCCAACCCCACCUACCAUCCCCAUCACGCAGGAGCCGAGGGGGGCGCUUCCACCCCAUACCUCCACAACCAAUACAGCUCCUCCAUGGCCGGUCCAGCACUGCCCAGCCUCCCUGCCACCCCCAUGGACUCUUUAUACCAAUACGUCAGCCUCCCCGGUCUGGUGAUGCCAACUCCAAGGUCUAACCCACUGAUGGGGGCCUACCAGCCUCACUCUCACCUGUGUUAGAACUUUUGGAUGAAAUAGGGUGGUUCUCAAUAGUCUGAAGUGAUUUUAAGGAAGUGAGAUGAGGGUAGAAGCGACUUUAGAUUAUUGAGAUGUAUCCCACUACCUUACCAGCUUCUAUACUAUUCUAAUGUAUUGGCAACUAAAAAAAGCUACUUAAAGGAGUGGUGAAAUUAAGUUUUCCACUCCGGGUAGAGUGCAAUAAUGAACGUGUUCCUGAUUUCUUUUGUAUUGUCAUACUGUAAGUUCUAUUCAAGUAUAUUAACUUUUAAUGAAUCUAUGUGGCUGCUGUAUAAGUGUUCUAAAGA